AUGGCUGCUGACUCGCCCGAAUUCGUUACGGGAAUUGAGGGGAACUUCCUUAUCAACAAGGCUGUCUUGGAAGUUAUGCCUAGUGGUACCAGUAUCAUAUCUGCCGAGUCGAGCGGUAUAUCGGCGUGGACUAAAACAGCAAAGGUAUCUGUUAUACUUCCGGAUGGCAGCCCAAAGAGCUACUUCUUGAAGCGCGCUACGGGUCAAGGCGCCCGUCCACUAGUAGAGGGAGAGUUUCACUCUGCGAACGCUAUCAACGAUGUUAUAACCGGACUAGUUCCGAAGGCAACGGGGUGGGGUGAAUAUCAACAAGACGGAUCAACGGUAUACUUUUUUCUAGGUGACUUUCAUGAUAUGGAUUUUUCCACAGCACCAGAGCCCGAGGCUUUCAUGUCUAAGAUAGCAGAGCUUCACCAGCGAGGCACAUCUCCAAAUGGGAUGUUUGGAUACCCUGUUCCCACAGUAUGCGGCAAAAUGGAACGUACUGUAACUUGGGAAAAGAGUUGGGCGAUGUCAUUUACGCAUCAGCUCAAAGACGUUAUUAAAUACGACAACGACACGAAUGGUCCUUGGCCAGAAUACGACGCGGCUUGCAAACAACUCAUUGACGUAGUCAUCCCUAGACUCUUAGGAGCUCUGCAGUCCGAUGGUCGUGAGAUCACACCCGCCUUGAUACAUGGUGACCUUUGGGAACGAAAUGUGGGAACGGAUAUGAAGACAGGCGAGACAGUCUUAUUUGAUCCGGGAUGCACGUACGCCCAUAACGAAAUGGAAUUUGGAACCUGGCGGUGUACAUGGGCAUACUACUUCAACUCCUUAAAGUAUAUGCGCGCGUACCAGCGCCACAUCGAGCCCUCGGAUCCAGCAGAAGAAUGGGACGACCGCAACCGUCUCUACAGCAUCCAUCCAUAUUUAAAUGAUUCGGCUGGACACCCGGGAAGUCCUUCGAGGAAAAUAGCUUAUAACGACAUGCUGUAUCUCUGCGAGAAAUAUGGCCCUUUGGAUACUCUCGAGAAGUAUGAUCCGGAAAAAGAUAUCAGUGUUACAGGAACCCUGAUACCAUUCGAGAUAAAGCAGUUGGAAUAG